AAUUGUCAAAAUUCAAGAUGGCGGCAAGUUCGUCAGAUGGGUCUGAAGAAUCUCUUGCCUCCCUUUGCAAAGAAGCGGAGCAGCUCAAAGUGAAAAUUGAUGAGGAAAAGCAGAAAUGUAAUGACGUGCAACGUAAGUAGAACUGAUGCCAGAUACGAUCGAUUACUUAUUUUAAGCUCGUAUAUUUUCUGUACUUAAAGAGAGCAUCCAACUGGUUUAUUGAUCUUUCUGCUUGCUUUGUGAUCCCUAAAAUCUGCCAACAACACCUUACACUCUGCACCGAAACGUAGGUUUGUAUCAAUAAACUACAUCAAUAGUAAUUUAAGCUGAUCUAACUUGCUGUAGUGAAUAAGUGGUGACAAGCUUUUCUAUUGAAGCUCUCUGAUCGAAGCUUUCAGUUCUAAUUUUACAGGCUCACUGUGAUGAUACAUGAAUAACGAAAUAAGUAUUGUGGCAAUUUUCAAUAUCCGUUUAGUUGCCUGACGUGUUUUUCCUUUUAUCCUAAGAAUUCCAAGUAAGAAUUGGUGAAAUGUUUUUAUAAUCUCACUUGUAUUAUUCAGCUGAUUGGCUUUGAAAGCAUGUUUUAACAUUUUUUGUUGGCAGCUCAUCAUGUGCUUCCCUUUCCUACUUUUAAUUCGGUGCUUGAUACUGAGUGGAACCAAAGAUCGUCUUCAUCUUUAGCCUUAAACAAACAUAAGUCAUGAGAUAGAAGAAAACCCCUUCGAACACAGUGAAAAUGUUGUUUUAAAAUUGUAUAUUUGUGAUUCCAUUACUUCACGUUUUCUUCAAACAGCUAAAACUUCCUUUUGAAAAGGUAGGCAUUUAAAUGGUAGCAGCUGUAACUUCCUAAGUUAAGAGCCAUCAUUUUGGGCACAGCUGGACACACUACUGCAGACUGUCCAACCAUCGAGAUUCUCCUAAUUUUGCUUAAAAAUCCCGAAUGCUGACCAAUAUGUACUCAGGAUAGGAAAAAACCUGAUUUUGACAUCUGUUCUGAUAUUUUCAAAUGAAUUCUUUAUGAUUCUUAUAGAAGGACACCUAACAGAGCAUACUUAACUGAAAUUGAUACCCAGGAAACUAUACGGCACAAAAUAAAUUUAAAAUAAAGUGGAGUACUUGCAUGUAAAGCCACGCAAACAAUAAUGAAGAUUAAAAAUUACGAUCAAUUUAGCAAACAUUUUAGACGAAAACUGACCUCUCCGAACACUAGAAAUAGCAUUUCAGAGCGUCAAGAUUUUUAUAACAUUUUCUAUGGUAGCAUGCCCCCAGACUCCCCUAAAAGGUCGCAACCUCAGCCCUCAUGUACAGACUGUCCAAUCAUCCCAAUUUUGUGGGAUUCUCCCAAUUUUGCUUGAAAAUCCCGAAUCCAGACUAAUAUGCAAUCGGGAUAGGAAAAAUCCUGAUUUUGACAUCUGUUCUGAUUUUUCCAACGGAGUAUACUCAACUGAAACUGAUAUCCAGAAAACUUUUAAAACCGCAUGAAAUAUAAAAUAAAAUUGAGUACUUGUACGUGAAACCAGGCAAAUAAAAAGAAGCAUAAAAUGGCAAUCAAUUUAGUGAACAUCUUAGACAAAAAUUGUCCUCUCAGAACACUAGAAAUGGCAUUUCAGAGGAUCCAAUUUUCCAUAUUUUCUGGGGAGAAUGCCCCCAGAUCCCCUUAGCGGCUCACCCUUUCACCCUUUCAGCACUCACCUUAUUGAAAAAAAGUCCCAAUUUUACAUACUCAAAAGGUUGGACAGUAUGCCUUUGAUUCAUUAGGCACGAUUUCCACCGUGGGGGAGGAGCACAGGGUCACUUCCCAAAUAGCAGCUGGUAAUCAAGCCUAGCAAUUCAUUAGUGUUUAAAAAAUCCUAACUUUACAGACUCAAGAGGUUGGACAGUUUGCUACCAUUUGUUGAAGACCUAAAUUCCACCCCCAAGCAGUAGGAAGGGAGAGGAAGGGGGGGGGGGAAGGGGGGGGUCGUGUGGGAGGCUUGACAGAGUGAUUUUACAUUAUUUGCAUAAUUGACACCUACUUAAGGCUCCUGACACCUUUGGCAUUUUUUUAGUGUUGAAAAUGAUGGCUGACAGGCAAGGUAAUAAAAAAUGUCAACUGCAAUACUGAACUUUUUGUUUGAAGAACUCUUAAAAUUUGUUUCGUAAUAAUUAGCACUAGCCGAAUGAAUUUCUUCAAAAGGGUAAUAAUAAAUUUUAAACCAUCCAUUUUAGAACUCUUUAUGGUAAAUUAAUGACUUCUUAUGAUACCAAAGCUAGUUCCAAAAUCAUUUUGAAGUAAAGUUAUGACUAUCUUGAUAAUAUUGCUAGAGCCAUAUUAAUCUUUUGUUUAACCUGUAUAUUGUUUUGGUAGCCAUGCAUAGGCAAAUCUUUUAUUGUUGCCAAUCAUAUUGAUAAUUUAUUCAGUACACAUUAAAUAUAUCAUUUUUAGCAAAUUAGCAAAUGUGUGUUAUUCCCUAAUACCUUUUUAUUAAUAGUAUUAGGUUUCAGAAAUUUCACUUCUGAAGGAAUUGAAAAAAAAAGCACAAUAUUACCAAUAUUCCUUAAUACCCUUGUAAUGCAAAGUUAAAAUAGCUAAAUUUGGUGAAAAAUAUAUAGGGCAGCUCAUUUACAUUUUUGGCAGCCAGAAAUAUUACAGUUUAAUACACAAACUACUGACUGUCACAUAUACAGGUCUUUGUAGCCAUUUCCUUAUUUACUCUCACACCUUUUUACAGUGAUUCCGAGCGAAGGGAGGCGCCCAAGGUACCUUGCCUCGCGAGGUUUAUAAAUUUGUAUGCCUUGCACAUUGAUCGCUCACAGUUGACGUCAUCCAGUUUUGACGUUGGGGUGCAUUUUAGGGAUGCUAAGCAACGCUACUUCAAGUGCAAAUGCAAAUGCUGUGGUGCACUAUCAUGUUUUAUUCAAAAGAGCAUUUCACUUUGGCUUUUUAACGUCAAAACCUCUUCUUUUCCCUAAAAUCUGUACCUUUGAAUUUAUGUUAUAUCGAGGCAAACCAACAAUGAAUUGGUUCUUUCCCCACCGGUCGAUGUGACAAAUUGAUCAAAUCAAAGACUGGUUUCAGCUCCGUACAUCCAUCUGCCGUUAAACCCGAGAGUGAAUUAAGACCGAAAUAAUGCAAAAUGGCUUUGAAAUUUACACAAAGAAAGGAAGAGUUUCAAAAACCCGGAGAAUAUUAAGCAAAAACCGGACAUUUCCGGCCAAAACAGGAGGGUUGGAAUCUCUACUCAAAUAUGCCUUUAAGUUGAUUUUCCUCAAAUGUAUCUUUGAAUUCAUGAUAAAUACAGCUCCAACAACUUCAAACGGUGUUCACGGCAGAGAAAAAUGCUUUAAGUGUAAUAAUAAUUAUUUUAGCGUAACAAAGAUGUUACCUCACAUAUAGGAGAUUCUGGGAUAGAGUUCGAAUCCCAGGGAAGCCAUACUUUUAAACUUUGUACAUUUUUUUCUUUUUAGUUUUUUGAUCAUUUUCUUUCCCUUUGGCUUGUUUCCCUUUAUUUCUCUCUGCUGAUCGUUUAAAGCUUCACGAGGAUUUUGCGAUAAUGUAUUUCUAGUAUACAUGUUCUAUUUUUGUGCAAAAUUUAUGAGUUAAGCUCAUGCAUCAGCAAAGGUUCUCUUAAAUAGAAUAGUCAUCAGGGCUCAGUUCCUCAAAAGAUGGUUAAGUUUAACCCAGGAUUAAGCCAAAUUUUAAGCAAGGUUUUCUUGUCUAAGAACAUGUUACUCAAGCUCACAAAAUGCUGUUGUGCCUUUACUUCGAAAAAAAGAAAUGAUAACACAGAAUGUUGCUCUAAGCAAUGCUACAACCAGUUGCAAAAGUACUUGAGACACUGUACCGUAUUUUGGCAUAAAUGGCCUGUCCAUGAUCUUGUGCUUGUGAUCCCCCCUCCACCCCUUAUCAAAGUUGCUAGCAAUACAAGACCAUACUCAAAACGUGGAGGAACAACUUUGAAUUGGAGGGAGGAGGGAGGUCAGUAUUAUAUUUUACAGACCUGUGACCAGGAGCGAUUUGAAGCAAGAAAGGUCAUUUUUCCGUGGGAGUGUUUCAUCAUUUUUGCAACUGGUUGUAGGAAGGUAAAUGCAAAAAGUGGAACAAAAUUUUAAUCCUGGAUUAGUGCUAAUCGGCCUUUCAGGAGCCAGGCCCAGGAAUCUAAAUGAAAGUCUGUGAUAGGGUAUAGAAAUCAGCGAGAUUAGCUGGAGGAAUAAUUUGAUAUCAUUUCCUAGAAAAGUGAUUGAUGACAUUAUUAAUAUAUAUAGUGUUUUUUAUAAGAUAUCUGGGAUAGCCUGGGGUUUCAGAUGACCAGACUAAUAUAAAGAAAGGCUACAGUAACUCUUUAAUAUAAUCAUUUAUUAAUAGCCUAAGUAAGGCUGCCCUAUCUUUUUAGCCCUCAAUGGUUAUUAAGGGCAGCCUGUACUCUCUCCAUAUUUUAUCCAUUUUUUUGUAUCAUUCAAAUCAAUGUAGGGUACAUAUAAAAUGGUUGUUGUUGUGGAAAUAAUUUGGCUGACUCAAUGUGACCUAAGCUAUUUUCUGUGAGACAUAUUGUGGUAUCUUGGCAUCACUAAAAUUUUGUUUGAUUUUCUCAUUUAUUUUUACUUGAUUUUGUAUUAACAAAUCUUUGUUUAAGGUCUUGUAUUUAAGUUGAUGAUAGUAUGAUGCAAGUUUUUUUUUUAUUAUUAACAAGCAGUGUCUAUCUUUGAUCUGCAGUAAAAGAGGUGGCUGAUAAAGUAGAAACUCUGGUUUUCACACCUCUCAAAGUGCGAAGAAUUCUCAAAGGUCAUCAAGGAAAGGUGCUUUGCCUAAACUGGGCACAAGACAGACGGCGUAUGGUCAGCAGUUCACAGGUGUAAUACCCAGUUCUUAUUACCCGGGGUACCGUAAAUGACCUAUUAAACGCCUAGGGCGUCUAACGGGGGUUUAAGCGGAGGCAUUUAAUAGAUAGUAGGUGUUUAAUCCUUUUAACCCUAAGAUCGAAAUUUGAAUUAUCAUUUGUUGCCCCUAUUCAUUUCCUACAGAAGUAGUGGGGAGAAGUUGAUAAAAUCAAACAAAUUCAUGUUGUGUGAUCAUGUCCCUAAUUCUCAUGACCACUCUGUUUGACAAAGCAUUGAUAUUGCAAGGAGAAAUUUAAUGCUAAUCACUGGAUCUUAGGGCUUAAAGGGUUAAAAGAGAGAGGCAUUUAUUCUCGUAACUGUAACAAGCUCAAUAAAACUACGGUAAUAUACAACAAGAUUUUGUUCAAAGGCAGAAAGGUUAAAACGUCUUGAGGGGAAAAUUGUCUAAUACCUAAAUGAUGUUUUAAUUUGUUUUGAACUUUUGUUUUCCUUUUAUUUUAUCAGGAUGGCAAAGUGAUUGUGUGGGAUGCAUUUACUACUAACAAGGUAAAGAAGGCCUAGGUUAUAAUUACUGGUAGCUACAAAAUUUGUAGCUACAUAGGGUGCAAAGAAAAUAGCAUGCUUUAAUCAGGUAAUCAAGUCCAUCAUGUCUUGUUCAGGUAAAAAGUAAUCCUAUUUUCAUGAAUAAUUGUUAGGGCUGGGAGACAAAGGAAAUUGAGAAUCAACCCCAGGUUAAAAAAGUUUAACCUGGAUGUAAAUUUGACUUAUAACAUACUCGUAAGCUUCUCUUGUGCUGUCCAAACUUCAUAUGUGCAUCCAUAACUUAAUUUAUGAGGUUAAGUUAAAAAAUAAUCAUUCAUUUUCAACUAAUGUUAAUUCAUCUUUGUGGUAUUAUUAUUGUUUACAUCAAGCUAUUGAAUAUGUAUUAUAGGAACAUGCAAUUUCCAUGCCAACAACUUGGGUAAUGGCUUGUGCCUUUUCACCAUCAGGCCACAUGGUUGCUUGUGGGUAAGUUGAUAAUAGCGAAAAAUAAAUCAAGAAUUGAGUUUCUCAGUUUAAAUUCAGUUUUCUAAUUUAUAUAACAAACUGUAGAUCUCUUGAGCUUUCAUGAUGUUCACCUAGUUAUUUAAUAAUAAUCAUGAUAGUAAUGAUAGUACUUCUGUUGUUUUUGUUUUUAAAUAAUAAUAAUAAUAAUAAUAAUAAUAAUAAUAAUAAUAAGGGCCACUAGGGAGAAUACUUUAUAGCAAUUGGUGUCACCCUCUUAAAAUAAAAGUUGUUAUCAAUAUUUGUACAUACAAGUACCGAGUAGCUUGUGAAUACAGCCGCCUCUUAUUGCUCCUUGCUAUUGGAAUGUUUUGCAAGAGAGAAUGUGCAUUAUUUUGGCCCCAAAAAUUCAUACUAGGGAUGCAUGCCAAUUAUGUCCAGAAUCUGGUCUGGAGCUCUGAUUGGUUGAUGUAGUAUUUGGAUUCUUUUAGCUAUUGUACAUGAAAAACAUUCUUAAGACAGAAGAUCACUGAGAUUAAAGUACAAUGUGCUGAAUUUACCAAGACACAUUUUAUUUCCUAAGAAUAAUGAAUAUCACGUUUUUUAUUAUCAAUUACACUUUUGGAAUUUUGCUUGCACCAAGUUCAGAGCAGGAUUCAAAAUUUUACACUAAUAGAAAAACACAAACUAGCAACUUAAAUAUUUACAUUUUAUCAUGAGAACAUUGAUAUAGAUCAUCAGAUUGAAGAGGUGUCCCUCACAAAAUGUCCCCAGUUGUAGGAAGUGGUUAGAGGUGACUGUAUUCCCUGGCUAUGAAAUCAAAUUCAUAUUGAUUCAUUAUCAGUAAUCUUACAAAUCAAUAAUGACAUUGUAGAUUAAUAAAUUGUUAUUGAAAACUGUAAACAAAUUAUUUUUCCUGAAUUCUUUUCUUAACUCAGGGGACUUGACAACAAGUGCUCCUUGUUUAAACUGAGUUUGGACGAUGAGGGUGCUACUAAGAAGCAAACUGUUGCCAUGCAUACUAGCUACAUGUCGUGCUGCACAUUUACAAACUCUGAUCAACAGGUGGGAAUAUUAAUAAAUACUAUGUUUUUUGGUGGGGUGCCAAUCAUCGAUGAGCGACAUGAUAAUAAAUUCUAGAAAAUGUCUAAGCAAUCAUUGAGGAAAACAAAAAUAAAAAUUUAUUGUUGGCAAAAAAAGGAAUUAUAAAAACUUGUGUUUUGUCUUUUUAAUAGUCUCAUGAUUAAAAAGCAGACAGAGAAUUCAAUCACUCAAAAGCACAGAAAUAAUUCUGAGCUUCAGGCAAGAAUAAAACUCACAACCUGCCCACUCUACCUGCUUAGCUACUGGAACUCUAUGGCAAACAGGGUCAAAUCCACUCAUGUACCUUUUCUGAUACAUUUGGUGACAUGUUUUUGUCAUGUUGUAUGUGAAGAGGUUUUUCCAAUUAUAAUCCAUAACCGACUGGGUGGGUCAAUCGAAUUAUUUCCAAAUUAUGAUCAAUUGUGAAAUCUCAGCUGAUUCCCAACGCUAGUGUUUAUUUCCUUUUACCAUUUUUCUUUUCAGCAAUAUAGUAGUGUGCAUCACUAAUGACAUGGUUCAGUUCAUUUAAAAGCUUUGGCAAUUAAUUGUUAAUCAUUAUCUGAUCGUUGCAGAUCUUAACUGGUAGUGGUGACACCACAUGUGCUCUGUGGGAUGUUGAAUCAGGACAGUUGUUGCAAAGUUUUCAUGGUCAUGCUUCUGAUGUGAUGAGGUAUAAUAUGAAAAAUUACUAUCACAACUCAGGAGGUUUCAACAUAAAAGCGCUGACACUGCAGAAAGUGUUAGAGACUAUGCACAUAAUUUCCCAAUAGGCCAAAAACCUCUUGAAGAAAUAGACCAGUCCUCUGAAUAAAUAAGGCACCAUGCAACUGAAGGUUUUAGAUGAAAAAAAAAGAAAGAAACUAAUUUAUCGGACUGGAUGACAAAAUAGACAGGUUUAGCUGAAAUUGUUCACCCAGGUCUGUAUCCUGUUCUAGGUGUUCAGAUAGAAGGCAGUGGUGUGAAGUGAAACGGUGCAAAAAAAUGAAAAUAAAGGACAAGGAGAGAGGAGUCAGUGUCCUCGAAUUUUCUGUGCUUUUUUUUGCGCCACUUCCUACCAUUUGAACACCUAGAACAAGCAAACCGAAGCUUUAACCUUUUUAAUGUGCGUGCUUGCUGGAAUGGAAUGCAGGAAAUUUAUGAUAGUUACUAACAAACUGUAUUCUUAUGCAGCCAAUCACAAUGCAGAUUGUGUCAUAAUGUCACCGUCACCCUUGGUCAGACAACGAAAGUAAAUGUUCCUCAAGAACUAAUUCAGUAGGCCUCAGCUUCCUAUUGGCACUUGAGACACAGCUAGGAGUGGUAUAACCUGAGAAAACAGCUAACAUUUCACAAUGCCACUGAUGACAUGUCACUAUACCCAGAUCUGGGUAGUACUUCUGAUUGCUUGAAAAUUUGCUUCAUCAAAUAAGAAGCUCCACCUAGAUCUUGGUGGUGAUGCGUUAUCAGUAUAGGAUUUCUGCAUUUGUUCCCUCAAAUGUCAUUUUCUGGGGAAACCAGUGGUGGCAACAAGAAAUGUUGACUGUUUUCUUAGGCUAGGAGUUGUAAAGUUGCUAAAUGAGGACUGCAAAUUUUUUUAUUAUAAAUGAUGCUGAUGUUCAAUAGUGACCCAUUUUUCUUUCCUUUGUUUUGAUUCACAGUAUUGAUCUUACUCCAUCUGAAGGAAGGAAUAUAUUCAUUUCUGGCGUAAGUAGUUAGACAGCAUUAACUUAAUGUCAGUUAAUAAACAGGUACUCAUUUUAGAUCUUUUAUAAAAACCAAAACCAUGAACACCAGAAAUAUUUUGGGAUACUUAUUAUGUGGCAAGAAAUACGCCAUUCAGGCGUGGGAAAACUGUAAGCUGGUUUGCAUGUCCUUAUCUUGGCUGUGUUUGGUCAUAUAUAACAGUAUGAACAUUCCCGCAAUAUUUUAAGUGUUUAGGUUUGACUGUAAUGACGCAUGAAGAAAAAACAAAGUAAAUGCUCGGAUGUUAAAUUCCAUUUGACAUUUAAUUCUGCAAACUUUAACUUCCAAUUUUUCCAGUGGUUGUAUUAUUUUUUUUAUCAUGGCCCCGAAAUUUUAGGGAGUUCUAACAAUACUACCCCUUAAAUAACCCCAGUUUUCCAUGUCAUUGUAUUUAUUUCGUAAAUUAUUGCGGUCUACAGGGAUGUGAUAACACAGCCCUUGUUUGGGAUAUCAGGACUGGCCAUGCUGUUAAUUCUUUCCAGACACAUGAGGCUGAUAUCAAUGGAGUAAGGUACGCAUUAAGUGUCACUGUCACUAAGGACCAGGCAGGGUCCGCGGAUCGAGGUCGGCCGAUUACCUCCAAAUUUUCAGCAUUUUUUCUCUAUCAGAUAAGAUUACGAUCGGUGGUAUUUUUAGUAAAAUAAAAUUAUAAUUUUAUUUUACUAAAAAUACCACCGAUCGUAAUCUUAUCUGAUAGAGAAAAAAUGCUGAAAAUUUGGAGGUAAUCGGCCGACCUCGAUCCGCGGACCCUGCCUGGUCCUUAGUGACAAUGACACUUAAAAACCAAAGAAAUGUGGAAGUGUCAAACUUGAUCUAUCAUUCUUGUCCAAAACCUACCUCAAAAAUUUUUGCUUGCUGUGCACCCCAAACCAUACCAAACAAAAGAAGCGGCAGUUUCACACCACAGAAUAGCUGUCUAGCUUAGAAAUAAUUUUCUUGAAGUGGUUGUGGUUGCAUAAUAUUAUCACCUCUGGCGCAUGCACAAUGAGAGGAAGGGGAUAAGAUCGUUCCCAAUCUCGACCCAGAGCUCUUCUGCCAUGUUCCCUGCAUACUCACUACUUUUUUUAAUUACAUUUUCCUUGGCGACACCUUAACAAGUAAGAGCAAGGGUUGCUCAGUGAUAAGAGCACUAGCCUCCAACCAAUAUGGCCGGGGUUUGCCAUAUAUGUGGGUUGGUUUGUUGUUGGUUCUUUCCUUUCUUUCAAAAGAUUUUUUCCAUGGCUCCAGUUUCUCUCUCACGUCAAGAACCAACAUUUCCAAAUCUCAUUUCAACGCAGUGAGAGCCUCAGCGAGGGUCCACUGCAAUAAACACUACAUGGCAUAAUGCUCCAAAUUCAGGACAGAUAAAGUAAUACUUCAUCUAAGGAUUGUUAUGUUUUUUAAUUACAUGUAGGUUUUAUCCCAGUGGAGAAGCGUUUGGCACUGCUUCUGAUGAUGCCACUGUAAGUAUUCCUAACUCGACCCCCUUCUCCACCCCCCCGCCCCCCAAAAAAAAACAAUAACAUAAGGUUAAAUAUCAUGGUACUAAUAUGGAACUGUUAGUGGCAGUGGCUGAUGUUUUGACGACCUGUGCACAGUGAAAGUCAAAGUGACCCGUGGCUAUUGAUUUAUUGUUCUAUUAAGUCGUGAUGUCAUUUCUGGAAAAGUACUCAUUUUUAGUUACUGUUGUAAUUAUUGUUUGUAAUUUGUACGAUUUUGCUUUGCUGCUGUGUUUGCAGCCUGAAAAGGAAAGUGGUAUCUUCUAUGGAACAACAUCUUUAUUCCCAGGCUGAUGAUGUUGUUGCAGUUUUUCGUUGUUCAAAGUUUCUUACCAAGUGUUUUACUUGUCCUUUUUAGUGUCGUCUAUAUGAUCUAAGAGCAGACCAUGAACUUGCUGUUUACUCUAAAGAACACAUUAUUUUUGGAGCCGCGUCCUUAGACUUUUCUAUAAGCGGUAGGUGGCCAGUAAGACCUCUUUUUAAAAUUAAAAAAAGAAUGACGAGAAAGACUUACAUAUAACUUUUUUUUCCUUAGGGAGAUUACUCUUUGGUGGUUACCAUGACUACACUAUGAAUGUAUGGGAUACCCUCAAGGUGUGUGAAAAUUCUGAUAUUAUCAUUGCAGUUCUAAAAUAGUGAUCUCUCGUAAAAAAAAUAAUCUAUUUCACGAGGAUAAAAUUUGUAGCCUGCGAAAACAUCCGGUUCUCGUCGCUCUUCGCCGCUGGGGAGGUUUCGCGCGGAGGAACGUCGUUCCUUCGCGUGAAACGUCCCCAGCGGCGAAGAGCGAGGAGAAACGGAUGUUUUCGCAGGCUAUAAAAUUUGCUGAUGACCACUAAUGAUUAAACUUACAGUCUGAGCAGCUGUCGGUGUAUUAUGCCCAUGAUAACCGAAUCAGUUGUCUGGAGGUGUCGCCAGAUGGGACAGCUGUAGCCACUGGAAGCUGGGACAAUACACUAAGAGUAAGUAAGACA